AUGAUCGGUCUAGUUGAGUUCGUCGUGAGGACAAUCUACGUGAUAUCGAUCGAACACUUCAAAACAAUUUCAUGAGGAAAAUCAUGUGAUAUUCAUAGUUGUUCGGGCCAGCGCCUCAAGUUUAAUAGUAUGAAGAAUCAAGUAUCAAUUUUUUGAAAUCACUCAAAAUCAAGCUUUAAAAGAAGGAAAAAAGAUAGACUUUGAAAAUUAGCGCAACCGAACUACGCACUACACCACGCGGCAGACGCCUGUCGAGUGCAAACUUUCGGCGACGCAAACCGUCCGCGUUCGUGGUGUAAUGGUCAGCAUGGAUGCCUUCCAAGCAUUCGACGGGGGUUCGAUUCCCCCCGAACGCAGAAAACUUUUUGCUAUUCUUGCGACGAGCACUUUUGUUUACCACUAAUAGUGCUAUUGAAUGAGAGCCAUCAAAUAUGAAGCAAAAGAUUCUAGGAUUUUGGGGAAACCCUGAAGUUUUUAAAUUUACGCGAAAGUAGAUAUUAAAAGAAGGAAAUCUUUUUAAAUAUCAUAAACUUUUCCAGCUUUUCCAUUUAUAAUUAGAUUAAUUUUUAUCAAAUCUUAUCAUAACUAAAAUUAAAAGAAAUGUAGCGCUAUCAUUUCGAAUUGAAAAAUGAUAAGAUAUCAACGGAAAAAAUCAAUGUUUUCUCUUCUAUUCGAUUUUCUCAGCGUUCUGUGUUUGUCUGUAGUUCAUGAUAUUCAAAAAAGAUUAUUUUAUGAUAAAAAUCCAAUUUCAUUCUAGUUUCGGCUCCUAUGAAGUUUCCAAGUCUAGUCGACCCAUUCUUUGGCCUCCGUUUGUUUGUUUUCCCAAGAGCUUUUUCUCUUUUACCGUUGUAGUCUGUCAAAAACUUACUUGUAGUUUUACACAUUUCGAAACUGUAAGUUGCUCAUUGAUUUUUUUUCGAAAAUAUUGAAUUUUACAGCUAAUGUUGAUACCGCUCCUUUCAAUCCUCAUGUCUGCUUCAUCAAGUUUGACCUUUUUUCAAAGUACAGCGAAUCUAACCAUCCAUUAACUCUCUCUUUUUUCUUCUCCCCACCCAAACCGUUUCUGACUAACGAUUUUUAAUUCAAAUACCAAAUUAUCAAACCAGUAAGUUCAGAAGAAAUGGUGGAGAAGCCGAAAGUCGCAAUAAUCGGAGCUGGAAUAGCAGGACUUCGAGCGGCACGAGUUUUUGAGCAGAACCACAUUGAUUACAUCAUUUUCGAGGCCAAGGACCGUAUCGGCGGAAGAAUUUACCCAUUCGGAUACGGUUUGUUCAAAAAUCUUGCAUCCCAUUUCGGAACUUUCAGGCGAUGGCUAUCUCCAACAUGGCGCCGAGUACGUCAACGGCGUUGACAACGAGAUUUACAAAAUCGCUGAAAGUUUGAAAAUCAUGGAGAACAACGACGACCUCGUGCCUGACGAGUACAUCUCUCAGUCUUCGACUGCCAUCUUUAUUGAUGGAACUCGUAUUGAAAAGUAAGGAGACCGUUGAACAGGUUCCAUAAUCCAAUUUUUAGGAAGGAUCUCAAGGAGUUUGUCAAGUUUACGAGAAACAUUGAGGAAAGACUAGAAGACGAGGCCGAGUUGGAUAAAUAUUACACUUUAUCGGUGGCCGACCGCUACGACUAUCAUUUCCAAAAAUGGAUGAAGGUUUCGUUCCUCUGCAUGAAAUAUUCUUCUCAAAAUUCGAAGUUCAGACUCAAUCGAACGGAAAACUCAAAGAAGGCGUCCUUCAACAAUUAGGAAGGCUUUUCAAAAACUACCUUCAGACAGAGUGGUCAGCUCCAGUGGAAAAGGUGAUAAUUCGAACACGCUCUUGUGAGAAAAAGAUAUUUCAGCUCGCGAUGGCAAAUCUCGACGAGUGGGACGACGGCGCAAAUCAUAACGACUCUUUUGAGCUCAACAGUCGUGGAUAUGCCGCAAUUCUGGAAGCCUACGUCGACCAGAUCGAUGUUGGAAAGGUGAUACUCAACGCCCCGAUCUCCAGAAUCGAUUAUCGAUCUGGAAAAGGUUCAAACAUUUUAUCUUGCGUCAAAAGUUCUGCACUUCAGAUGUGAUUAUCACAACAGCAUUUGGAGAAGCUCACGUCUUCAACCACGUCAUCGUAACGAUUCCCCUUGGUUAUCUGAAGGCAAACGUCUACACUCUCUUCUUACCACGACUACCCCAAGAACAAGAGUCCGCUAUCAAGGACAUGGGAUUUGGAAGGAAUCAGAAGGUCUUUCUGGAGUACGAGAAGCCGUGGUGGCCAGAAGACGUCGACACACUUCUGGUCAGCACGUCUUAUGGUCCCUUCAAACGACUUGAGAGACAACUUUAUGAUGUUUCAACCAAGUCCAUGGGCGAGAAAAAUGUGAGUUGAACCUCGGAAUUUUUUAUAAAGCUGAACAGGGAUCUUUAGAAUUACCGAGUUUAUAAGAUUUAGGCAUGAGAUAGAUAUUUUCACUUCGAACUCUGAGAAUUUCUGCUCAAAAAAAUUCUAAAAAUAUAGUCAAUGUUUCCCGACUUGAAAGGCGAGGGAGGCGGGGCAAGGAGCGGGACGCGUAGCGUGUGCGUACGCGGUUCUUGGCGCCAGUUCAAUUCAAUCACCGCCGAAUAUUUAAAAAGCUCGGCAACCGCUCUUUUUCACUUUUUCUGCUAUUUUUUGAUGCACACAUGAACAUAAUCAUAAAAUAAUUGGAAAGGGAAUGAAAAGAGCGAAAAACGGGCUUUCCAAAGAGUCGCUGGCGAUUGAACUGAACACGUGCCAAAAACCGCGUACGCACACGCUACGCGUCCCGCCCCCUGCAUCGCCUCCCUCGGCUUCAAAGUCGCGAAACAUUGACUAUAACGCUGAUUCACGGCUGGCUUGAGCCAUCGAGAAAAGGGUCCUGCCACGAAAAGAGACGAGACAGUGCCCUGGUUGGUGGAGAGCUCAGACAGGCCACGCCUUUUUGCGUCCCAAGCUAGCCGUCAAUCGUCUAUACUACAAGCAAAAAUUAAGAUUUUGGUCGCUUGGAUAGCUGGAAAAGGUCCUGAAGCGAUGGCGCGCAUGUCCGAGUCCGAAAUUCUUCAAGAAGUUUCUUCACAUUUGAAGCAGAACUUGAAAGAAUACCCAGUUGAGGAAGCGAAACGGAUAUUCACGUAGGAAACUCUUUGAAAAUCUUCAAUUCCUAUUAUUUCAGUCACAAUUGGUUAGCGGAUCGAUACACAAUGGGAAGUUAUUCAUAUUUGACGCCAGAAGCCACAAAAAAUCAUGAAGACGUGAUUGAGAAGCUAGGCGAGCCGGUGAUAGGUAUAAAUACGCGGUAAGCAUCCUUUCAAAAUUGAAAAAAAAAAGAAAUAAAACUUUCCAUUGCUUUGAAGAUCUUCAAGUUGAGAUUUUGACGGAUUAAAAAUUUCUUUCUCGAGUUUAAAUUAGGAAACUGUUGUCAAAAUAUAAUCCAUAUCCACAUUUCUUAACGGGGUCAUUGAAAAAAAGUUUAUUAUGAGCUAUUGAUUAUAUAGAAAUAUUCCGUAAAAGCUCAAAUGACCUUUCGAAGAAUAUUAAGCUCGUAUUGAAACCUUGAAACGACCGAAUAUUUAAAAAAUAAACUGACUUCUACAACUUUUUCAGUCCUUUGAUUUGCUUCGCUGGGGAGCACACCGAUUCGAAAAUGUACCAAACGACGGUUGGAGCGAGUCGCAGUGGAUUCCGAGAAGCUCAACGUAUUUCAAAGUUUCUAAGUCAAUAA